CUUAACGGUCGUGUUUCCCUUGACCUUGUGUGAACCUGUGAGGAAAAUACUUCGACGAUAGCAGAAUAUAGUAUAAGCAGAAACUAAAUGAGACAAGCACUUUUUACGUGGAAAACCUCCUCGAUGUGAGAAGGAAAAACCACGGGACCGUAGUCCACUCAACAAUCCACUAUAUAAAUGUAUGUGAGUACAACCACGUCCUCCCUGUUCAACAACCUGAACAGAACAGAGACUCUAGCUACAAAGAGCUAUCUCCAACACAAGAUACUACAACAACAAGAGAGCAACACAAAGCUUCAAAACCGGCAGCAACAAGACGACCUCAGCUCACAAGGAUUCCGGCAACCAGAGACUAAUCCCACCGUACAAAUCCAAGAUGAACAAGUCCACAACACGUCUGCCAAAUCUCAGCUCAAUCAGAGAAGAUCUCACCGUCGGAUUUACCAAACACUCAAGACAGCUCUGCUGAAAAACUGUGACGACCAGCUUCACGAAAACCCAGAUAACAGAAGAUCCAACCGUUAGAAUCCAAAUCCCUUCGGUGAACCUCUAACCCACUGACUGAAGAAGCUUCCCACAAAAUAUCAGCCCGAUCAAGAUCCGUUUGACCCUCCAAAUCUGCCUUGACAAACCCAGACGAAAUCUGCCUUCUUCUCUCCUUUUUCUCUCUUUUGUCUUAAGAGUCUUCUUGAGUACUCUUCUUUCUUUUCUUGUGUUAUGUCUGCUGUGUCUAGCACAAAUUAGGUUAAGAGACUUUAUAUGGUAUCUCACUAACCCUAAUAACCUCCAAGGCCCAAUACUAAUCUCAUGGACUAAUACCAAUGGCCCAACUUCCAAGUUUGGUUAUCACCAACCAAACCCAAUGGGUUUCCUCCAUCUAGAAGGAACCCAACAUGUAUUAAGGUUCCACAUUUAGGAGUUGUCAAAGACAGGUUGAAAGACAAGAAAGUUCUUGUUGUCCUUGAUGAUGUGGAUCAGUUAAUACAACUGGAAGCCAUGGCGAAAGAAACUUGUUGGUUUGGUCCUGGGAGUCGGAUUAUCAUCACAACCCAAAAUCAAAAGAUUUUAAAAGCAAGUGGGAUCAACCAUAUAUACAAUGUCGAUUUACCAUCAAAUGAUGAAGCUCUUCAAAUGUUCUGCAUGUAUGCUUUUGGUCAGAAAGACCCUAAAGAUGAUUUGAGAGAGCUUGCUUCUGAAGUUAGGAGUCUUGUAGGUAGACUUCCAUUGGGGUUAAGGGUUAUGGGAUCAUAUUUUCGAGGAAUGUCUGAGCAAGAUUGGAUAGAUACACUACCAAGGUUAAGGAAGCACCUUGACCGAGAUGGUGAAAUUGCCAGUAUUUUAGAGUUUAGUUAUGAUGCCUUACGUGAUGAAGAUAAAAGUUUAUUUCUUCAAAUAGCCUGUUUUUUUCAUUAUGAAAAAGUUGAUAUAGUAGAAGGCCGUCUAGACAAUGUUAUUUGGAUGUGAGACAUGGGCUAUACGUCCUAGCUGAAAAAUCUCUCAUAUCUAUGGAUUCGGGAAGGACAAAUAUGUCUAAUUUGUUGAUCCAACUGGGAAGAAAAAUUAUGCGAGAACAGUCUGAUAGGGAGCCUGGAAAUCGUCAACUUUUGAAUGAAGCCAUCGAUGUUGGUGAAGUGCUCAUUGAUGAUAAAGCCGUUGGUAGCAGUGUCAUUGGAAGAGAUCUUGAUGAGAAGAUAACAUGUGCAAGUGAAAGAGACUUUAUAAGAUUGUCUAAUCAUCAAUUCUUAAGGACCAAAAGAAAUGGCGUUAAUCUGCAAAGUAUGAAUUACAUAUCCCGAAAACUAAGUGUACUAAGUUGGCCGGUGUUCCAGAUGACAUGUUUUCCUUCAAGUUUUAAUCCAACGUUUCAAGUCAGACUAGAGAUGCCAUUUAGCAAGCUUGAGAAAUUGUGGGGAGAAACUAAACCGCUCAAUCUCAAGUGGAUAGAAUUGAGCUAUUUGAAGGAGCUUCUUGAUUUCUCAACGGCCACUAAUCUAUAUGAACUGGAACUCACAGACAGCUCAAGUCUGGUGAAACUCUCUUCCUCUAUUGGAAAUGCAAUUAAACUCCAAAAUUUGAAUCUCAGUCAUUGCUCAGAUCUGGUGGAGAUCCCUUCAUCUAUUAUCACUAAUCUCAAAUCUCUUGAUGUCCAAAAGACUGAUCCAUGGAUCGGGAGAACUGGUCUUCGUAAACUUGUACAAAGCGGAAUGAAGAAGCUGAAAUCACUCCCACCGCUUCCGCUUCCGCUUCCGCUUCCGCUUCCGCUUCCGCUUCCGCUUCCGCUUCCGCUUCCGCUUCCGCUUCCGCUUCCGCUUCCGCUUCCGCUUCCGGAUAUCCAUCUCAGCUUCCUUAACUACUUCAAACUGAAUCAAGAAGCUAAAGAUCUCAUCAUCCAGACGCCGAGUAAUGAAUAUGCGAUCUUUCCUGGUGGAGAAGUGCCUCAGUGCUUCACUUACCGAUCUUUUGGGAGUUCCGUAACUGUGAAGUUGAAUCAAAAGCCUAUUGACACAUCAACCAAAUUCAAGGCUUGCAUCGUAUGUGCUGGUGAGGACGAAAAGGGCUUCAGAGAAUGGGAACGAGCUUCUGUCUGUUGUAGCAUCACCACGUCCGGAGGGAUCGCUCUCUGUUCUUGUCUUAAAAUAAUAGAACAGUUUUUGCCGGGGAAUCUGUACACGUUCGAGUUUGAGGUUGAAACAGAGGAGGUGACUUCCACCGAGCUUGUUUUUCAGUUCGAGGUUGACUAUGCGGAUUUGAUCAAAAAGGGCAAAACGCUGGAGAUAAAAAAAUGUGGGGUUAUGCUAGUAAACAUGAUUGAGAGCUUCGGAGAUGAAAACAGUGGCGGAGCCCUUGACGGAGCUAGAGGGUCAGCUGACCCCUAUCAACUCUUAUAUUUUAUCUAAUGUAGGCAUUUAAUUAUCCCAAUAUACUGCAGUUGAUUAGUUGGUUCGUUUUUAAUGGCUUGAUGUCUUUGUUAGUUUCGAAGCCUCCAAUACUGUUAUAUUACUAUAUACAUUGUUAUGAUCUGAAACAAACCUUGAAGAUUGAGCAAUGUAAGCAUCAUAAGCUCCACGUGUGAGACGCUGCAAUCUAGGCACUGGUAUUAGGAGGAACACUGUUAUGAUCGUAGAUCGUAAGUCUCUGUAAACUCCAAAUCCUCUGCUUUCUUGAACGUAUUAAACGAAUAAAAAAUUCAUAAACUCACA